AUGACUACCGAUGGCCCUAUGAAGAUAGAUUCGAAGGCAGUUGCCCAAGAGUUUCUCGACAGCUUCGAUACGUUUCUGUUCGACUGUGAUGGAGUGUUGUGGCUCGGAACUCAUCUCCUACCCAGCAUCAGAGAGACCCUGGAGCUACUGAACAGCCUGGGCAAGCAGUUGGUUUUCGUGACUAAUAACUCGACCAAGUCUCGUGCGGCAUACACCAAGAAAUUUGCUUCAUUUGGGAUCAGUGUCCGCGAGGACCAGAUUUUCACCUCUGGCUAUGCUUCAGCGGUCUACGUUCGUGAUUUCCUGAAGCUUGAGCCUGGCACGGAUAAGGUUUGGGUCUUUGGUGAGAGCGGGAUCAGUGAGGAACUCGGUUUGAUGGGAUAUGAGUGCCUUGGCGGGAGCGAUCCAAGGCUGGACGAGCCUUUUGAUCACAAGAGUUCACCAUUUCUGGUCGACGGAUUGGAUCCCGCAGUUCGUUGCGUCGUAGCAGGUCUGGACUCCAAGAUCAACUACCAUCGCUUGGCAGUUAGUCUUCAGUAUCUGCAGAAGGGAGACCAGGUGCACUUUGUUGGCACCAAUGUGGACUCUACGUUCCCGCAGAAGGGGUUUAUCUUCCCUGGUGCAGGGUCCUGCAUCGCCUCGCUUGCGUGCGCGUCCGGCAGGACACCCACGUAUUGCGGCAAGCCCAACAUGAACAUGCUGAACACCAUCGUCUCUGCAAAGAAGCUUGACAGAUCUAGGUGCUGUAUGGUGGGCGACAGACUGAACACUGACAUCAAGUUCGGAGUCGAGGGUGAGCUUGGAGGUACUUUGCUUGUUCUCACGGGUAUCGAGACGGAGGAAAGGGCCCUCGAAGUGAGCCAGGAGCACCCUAACCCUAGGUACUACGCAGAAAAGCUUGGCGAUGUAUACGAAUUGACGAUGCGCUAG